AUGAGCAAUCAGGAGGUGACUUAUUCAAACUCAAGAGUUUUUGAGUCUUCUUCAGAGUCACAGAAUCCAAUCAAGCUUGAGGAGACUCAAGGUCCCAGAGAGGUUGGCCACAAAGUGGGUCUCGGGAUCCUCUGCUUACUUCUGAUGAUGGCAAUCUCCGUGUGGCUGAUAUACAUUUUUCAGUACAGUCAAGAAAGAAAUGAAUUGCAAAGAACUCUAAAUAAUCUUCAUCUAGAGUACAGCACCAUGCAAAAUGACAGCUACUUAAAGGAAGAAAUGUUGAAAAGUAUGUCUAUAGAUUAUGAUGCCCUCAAAAAGGAUCUGGACGCACUCAAAAGAACAGUGAACAGAUGCUACCAGGAAACUGAAUUUGUUUUAGAUUGCAAACAGCACAGAGGCAAAGGUGUUGAAGGACACCGGUCCUGCUGUGGCAUAAAAUGUUAUUAUGUCAUCAUGGAAAAAAAACACUGGAGUGGAUGUGCACAGACCUGCUGGGACUGCAGCUUAUCCCUUUUGACAAUAGAUGAUCAUGAUGAACUGAAAUUCCUUCAGCUCCAAAUUAAGCCGAACAAUUACUGGACUGGAUUAUCAUAUAACAGAAGAAGAAGCAAAUGGCAAUGGAUUGACAAUAGCACAUCUAAACUUGACUUGAACACAGUGAAAUUCGAUCAUAAUACUGGAAGAUGUGCAUUUUUAUCUAGAACAAGACUAGAUAAUGAUAACUGUGAUCAAUUCUACUCCUGUAUCUGUGAGAAGAGACUGGAUAAAUUCCCUGGUUCAUACUGCAGCAAGAGCUAAAGGCAAAAUGGAAUUUGCUGAUCCUCAUUUCAUUCCUAUAAUA